AUGGUUAAACAAAGAGAUGAUUUGUGGAAGUAUGUAGAGGACUUAAAAGGCCGCUUCAAAUGCAACUUUUGUAAAAAAGAGUAUGCGGGGGGUAUUCCAAGGGUCAAAUACCAUUUGUCUUGUCAAAAAGGGCAUGAUAUUGGAAUUUGUUGCAAUGUGCCUGACGAUGUACAAGCUGAGGCACUUCGUAACCCCAUAGAAACUGGAAGACAAACUGGUCAACCUUCAAGUGUCCAACAACCAUCUGUCAAUGUAAUGUUUAAACAGAAAGAUAAAGAUGGAGUUGAUGAUGACAUGGCUCAACAUUUUAUUUUGAAUAACAUUGCCUUCAAUGUUAUUCAAACCCCUUUUUUUCAACAAAUGAUACGUUCCGUUGCUUGUUAUGGUCCAAGUUAUAGUAUACCUAGUUAUUCUAUAUUGAGGACUAAGUUAGUGCAGAGGGCUAAGAAGAACGUUGAAGAAUAUGUUUCAACAGUUAAGGAGUCAUGGCGGGGUUAUUUCUUAGAGACACUUGAACCCAUAAUUGAAGAAAUUGGGCCAGAGAAAGUCGUUCAACUUAUCUCAGAUAAUGCUUCCAACUAUGGGGUUGCCAUAUCUUUAAUAACGGAGAAAUAUCCUCAUAUUCAUAGGAUAAGGUGUGCUGUCCAUGGAGUACAAUUACUCUUGAAAGACAUAGAUUCACAAAUCCCAUGGGUCAAAGAGGUAUUUGAGAAGUCAAAACUGAUUAUUAGUUUUAUGUAUAAGCAUGAAACAGUCUUGGCCUUGAUGAGAGAAAGCAUAGGAAACAAAGAGUUGAGAAAACCUUGCAAGACAAGGUUUGCAUCUAACUUUUUUAUGCUAAAGUCUAUUCUUGAAGUUGAAGGUUUCUUAAGAGUGAUGGUAGCAUCGGCAGAAUGGAGGAUAAAUAGGCAUUGCAGGUCUGAAUUGGGUGUGAUGGUCACUAAAAUAAUUCAGACUACAGAGUUUUGGCUUAAUGGGAGGGAUGUAUAUUCAAUUUUAGAGCCUCUGAUUAUAGUUCUUCGCUUGGUUGAUGGUGAUGGAGCUACAAAUCCUUUUUUGUAUGAGACAAUGGAAAGGGCAAGAAAUACUAUUAUACACCAUUGCAAUAACAACCCAGCAAAGUAUGAGAGGUUGUUGCAAUUGUUUGAUAGCAGAAAAGAGGCAAAUAUAUUACAUCCUGUGCAAGUUGCUGCUGCUUUUCUUAAUCCUUGUCUAAUGUAUGAGGGAAAAAUUUCAUACAACCAGAAUGAUGUGCAAAGGGCAAUGAUCUAUAUCACAAAGAGCAUGGUUCCUCCGAAUGAGAAGAAACAAUUUGGCAAAGAAAUAAAUGUUUAUUUGGACAAAGAAGAAAUGCUAUUUCAUGACCUCUCAUUGGCAAUGAUUGAUUGUCAUCCACGUAAGUAA